CCCUUAAUAUGGGAUGUACGUAGACUUUGUCUUCUUCGAGAAAAAGAAAAGAAAAACUACUCCAUUGAAAAUGUUUCAUGUACUAAGCUUGUGCUGGAUUAUAAUUAUGAUUUUCCUCGUAGUUCUGGUUCCGACUAUUUGUCGAAGGGCUCGUUUAAUCCUGGAGGAAGAUUUCCGUUCACUGGAAAUACUUUCAGAGGACAGCGUUUACGCGACUUGAGCUACGGUGUUUCUUGUUGUUAUGUUUUGCAGGUUUUUAUCUGUGUUGGCAGCACUAGUGCUUUGGACCUGCGGUAAUAUGAAUAGAACAAGGUGCUACUAUGGAAGAACUGUAGAAGAUGAUACCCAGGAACUCCCAUGCCGCCGCAAAAUGUCGGAGAUAGGUGGAGAAGCUCUUAGCCGGACAACCAUCGUGUUCCCGUCGGCCAAAGUUGAACUGUCAGGAGCAAGUGAAGAGGACAAACCCCCAACAGGAAUUAUUGAUGAUAUUGUACUAACCUCAUGUGGAACGUAACUAGAGAAAAAAAAUGGAUUUCUACAUUUAUUGCUCGUUCGUGCGUAGGUUUUCUGGAGGGCCAGGGUUUCGUUCCUCCUCCCAGUGCGUUUCUGUGAGGUUUGCGCCAGGCUCGCAUACUAAUCCCAGGGGAUUAGUCGAUUAAACGAUCGUUAGGCAUUGUGUACUACGGAAAUACUCCCGUGACCCGUCGGCCGUUGCUUCUUUCACCGGAGCUCCGUAGCUUUCCCUUGGUUUUACCCGUGUUAGUGAUUUCCAGAACCAGGGAGGAAGCGCCUAUUCCAGUGCAAUGGAGGAAGCACCUUUACCAGUCGAAGGAGAACAGAACAUAUUGGUGACGAGUGCUCUCCCUUAUGUGAAUAAUGAGCCUCAUCUGGGGAAUGUAAUCGGCUCAGUUCUCAGUGCCGACGUGUAUGCACGUUUCUGUCGUCUGAGACGCUAUAACGUCUUGUACGUUUGUGGUAAUGACGAAUACGGGACGACCACAGAACGCAAAGCAAAAGAGGAGAAGUUGACGCCCCCGGAGAUCUGCGAAAAAUACCGGAAAUUGCACAGGGAGACUUAUGAGUGGUUCAACAUUCGUUUCGACCACUUUGGUCGAACAUCUACACCUCAACAUACUGAGUUGUAUUGUGAGGUCUGCCCGACGUUCUUGGCAGAUAGUCUCGUAGAAGGUCAUUGCCCGCACUGCCACAAGUCAUGUAAAAGAGAUCAAUGCGAGCAUUGUGGUAAAUUUUUGAAUGCUCGGGAGUUACUAAACCCUGUCUGCAUGAUUUGUGGGAGUUCAAGUGCAACCCUUCGCAACACAGACCAUCUUUUUCUACAGGUUGAUCCUCUAAAGGGGCGUCUGCAAGACCUAUUCAAAAAGAUGGAAAUAUCCAACCAACAAGCAGUAACUGAUACGCAAAAUAUUCUCAACAAUAAAAUGCCACCAAAGUGCAUCACUCGCGAUCUUACCUGGGGUGUUCCUGUUCCUGUGGAAAAAUUCAAAGAGAAGGUGAUGUACGUAUGGUUUGAUGCCCCAAUUGGUUAUGCUUCCAUCACCAAGUGUCUCACAUCCAAAUGGGAAUUGUGGUGGAAAAACCCUCAGAAUGUGGAGCUACACUUAUUCAUGGGGAAAGACAAUGUCCCUUUUCAUUCGGUGUUAUUCCCUGCAUACCUUAUUGGUACUGGGGAAAAUUGGACGCUUCCUCAUUCUAUCCACUCCACACAUUUUCUUUUAUUUGGAAAAGAUAAAUUUUCAAAGAGCAAGGGUGUUGGUGUUUUUGGUAAGGAUUUGAAGCAAUCAAAGAAACCUGUAGAUGCGUGGAGAUAUUAUCUACUAUCCGUUAGACUGGAGGGAAAUGACUCAACGUUUUCUUGGGAUGACUUGCACGCAAAAUUCAACAAUGAGCUUAUCAAUAAUUUGGGCAACCUCAUCAAUCGCGUGCUCACCUUUGUUGCUAAGCCACCUGGCGCAGGAUAUGACUCCAUUAUUCCUGAUGUGUUAGAAGAUGUUGUGCUUGAUGAGGUGGAUUUGGAGUUUGUUGCUAACCUUACACUCUAUGUGCAGGAAUAUGUUAAGGCUAUGGAGAAGGCUAAGUUGAAGGAUGGUCUAAAGGCUACAAUGGCUAUUGCUAUCGAGGGAAAUCGGUAUUUCCAGAAAACUGCAGUGUGGAAGCUAUUUAAUGAAGACAGGUUGAGGUGUUCAUUUGUGAUUAAAACUUUGGUUGGAGUUGUUCGCGUUCUGGCAUGCUUGUUCCAACCAUUCAUGCCAUCUUGUUCGAAAGAGGUAUUGAACCAACUUGCGCUAGGAGCCAAUGGGUUUAGUCUGCGUGAAGAUGACAUUGCAAGGAUUGAAAAGCCAUGGGAUAUUGUUCCUAGUGGCCAUAAAAUAGGGAAGCCAAAUCCUUUGUUUAAAAAAGUUGUGUAAUACUUUCGGCAUUGUUAUUUAAUUCUUUCAUCAUUUUUGAGUAGCUAGCAUCCUCAACCUCCAAAUCAAGAGGAAAUGUUAUUUUUAUUACUUAUUAAAGGCUUAAAGCAUGCUUAUAAAUUUUGUUUCAUAUUUAUAGAGGCA